UCGCACGUGUACUUACGUUGCGGUGCAUCAGUAGCAAUUACCGUGGUAUACCAAUGAUAUGUCGCUGUCUUGCAUCGAGCCGGUAACAAAAUAUGGUUCGAGGGAUUACAACGGUAGACACGAAUUGAUACCUUGGCGUCCAAACGCAGGCUAUGAAAACGUUGAAGUUUUUCCUUUAACGACAAAGACAAUACCAAGUUACGCUGGGAACGCUGUGAAUUCGUUAAAAUUUCCGAAUCUUCUAACAGGAUAUCAUCGUAAUCCUAUACAUGCGACGAAAACUGCUCUUCAUACACGGUUCACCCCUAACGAAUGGUUCGAAAAACAAGUGAAAUGUUAUAACGAAGCGGAUUCGUGUCGACAUUUUUCGGAGAGAACACGGAACGAUGCUUUACGAGUUAUCAGAGAUGCCGAAGAGAAAAUUCAGCACGGACAAUACGAUACUGGCAGAAGACUUGGGGAGAGAAUAAACGAUAUCAGUUUCUGGCGAAACGAGGUCGCUUCCGAAUUGGAAAGAUUGCUUCAAGAAAUUGAAAGACUUCAAGAUUGUCGUUCAAUUUUAGAGAAAGCUAUUAGAGAUAUCGAAGCUCCGCUGCAUAUCGCCGAAGAAUGCCUUUACCACAGAGAAGCUAGAAAAGGCAUAGAGCUUGUGCACGACGAUUCGGAAAAAUGUUUGCUGAAAGAGAUCCAGAUGUUACAUCAGAAUCGAAAGAAACUGGAUACCUGUUUGAACACGUGUAAAGAACAGCUUCGUGAUUGCAGAGCCUCUCAAAACGAAUUGGAAUUAGACCUGAGGAACAAAGAAAACGCACUGGGAAUAGAUUCAAUGUGUCAUCGAUUGAACAAUUACAGUCACGGAUUGCAAUAUUACGCCGGAAUCAACGAAUACGAUCCGUGUAUUUCAGAGCAAGAAACGUGGGCUGAUGCAGCAAACCGAAUAGUCGAGAAGUCUCGAAUAGAACGAAACAGAAGCUGCCAGUUGAGAUCAAACGCGGAGGUUCUGACGAACAAAGUUGCACAGGAAAUGUGGGAUGCAUGGAGCACCACAAAUAACGCUUUAUCUCACAGAUCUUCCGAAUUGCUUGAAGCUAAAACGAGGCUUGAACAACAUCUACAAAAAGUACAGCAAGAAAUAUUCGAAGUGGAAAAAAAUUUGGAACUUAUGCGUAAAGCUAUAGCGGAUAAAAGUUACGCUGUUAAAGUAGCUCAUACCAGACUAGAAGCCAGAAUGCAUCGGCCAGAUAUCGAACUGUGCCGCGAUUACGCUCACGUAAGCCUUAAGAAAGAAAUCGACGAAAUAAAUCAUCAGGUGGACAGAAUGCAGAGAUCGUUGAAUGAAUUGGAGAACCAACAGCAAAAAUUAUUAAGAACCCGCUCGAAAUUAGAACACGAUCUAGCUCUAAAAAUCGAUGCGAUGUACAUCGAUCGAGAGAAAGUCUCUGGUCUUCGACGCGCUUAUCCGAUCAACGUUCUUUUCAGAUUCUAAUGGCAGUGCACGAACGCGUUCUCCAAUUUCUCUACACCAUUGAAAUACACUCUUAAAGAAAUUUAGGCCAAGUGAUAUUUCAAGGUACACCCACAAAGAAUACACUGGACAUUUAUUUAACGAUAUGAUUCUAUUUGUUCUUUAAAAUCUAACGCAUUUCUAGUAUUUACAAUUAAUCCUUCCUUAAAAAAUUCGGUAUAGGUAGAGUCAUUCCCGGUUUUGCUUGGAAGAACGUAUACGAUAGCAAGAUCUCGUCGAUGUUCUCCAUUUUCGGAUCGUCAACGAUUUGCGGAUCGAUGUAGAAAAAAACGGGCAUGUCAACCUGUAACAGUAGGAUUAUCGGGGCUCGUAAUAGAUUCAUUUCUUAGUAGUACAACGUAUUGAUUCAUAAGAUGAAUUCAUAAUAAAAAUAGUCGGUACGGAUCGAAUUGCACUUACUUCUUCGUGAGGAUUGAGCUGUUGUUCCUCGAAACAAAAGCACUGAAUUUUAUUGAAAUACUGGCCCGCUUCGAACGGUACAACGUUGUAAGUAGAUACACCGGUGAUAGGCACAUCCAGUGGAUUUUUUGCUGUGUAGAAAGCCAAAGCAGUUUCUCCAGGCACGACAUUUAUAUGAUUUUGUUGAGGUUUAAAGUUCCAUUGCAUCAUUGCCGACGUGUCCGCAUUAAACGAUAUUUUGAUGAUCCUAUCCUUGAUUGGCUGCAUCUUACUCACCUUCUCGGCAUCAUGACCAACGGACACUGUUCCUCCGUAACUAUACGACUGUUGUCAAAAGAAUUUUAUUCACUUGUUAUAUUUUUCUCUAAUAACAUUAUAUAGCCUAAUGUAAUAUAAUGUAAUAGAAUAAAGUAGAACAUAACAUUAUCUGUAAACUGUUUAAUUAAAUAGAAAGUUCGAAUAAGGGUCUCUGUUAUAUGUGUUCUGAAUAUAAUGUAAUGUACGUAUUUUUGA